AUGUCUCAAGAGCUUAUUCGAGAGAAGAUCAGUGUCAAGCAAACAGAUUAUAUCUUAAAUAGAAAUGAAACUACUACUAAAAAUUUAGAUGGCUUUCCAAUAAAAGAAGUCCCAUCACUUGAAAUAAAUGAAGAUCAGAAAUCCCAGUCAUAUCACAAUGUUCUGUAUUUCAGAACUAUUCUCCCAUCAGAAACUGAAAAGUUAACCUCAUACUGCCUUGAGUGGGAAAGGAAGCUUGAAUUGGACAUUCCAGAUGAAGCCAGAGGUCUUAUUCGCAUCACUGUUGGUCAAACAAGACACCUUAUGAAGGAAAGGUUCAAACGGUUUGAAGGACUCGUGGACGAUUGUGAAUAUAAACGAAGUGAAAAGGAUACCACCUGCACAAAUCUAGAUGGCUUUUGGGAUAUGAUUUGCUUUCAGAUACAGGAUCUACACCAAAAAUCCAACAAUCUGACCAAACUUGAGUAGUGUGGAUGGGAGAGUGAUAAUAAUACAAGCAAAAC